UAUUGUUGGGUAUUAAUAGUAAGUACGAUAACUGCGCUAUGGAUACUAUCGAACUUAACACUAGUCUAGUGUUGUCGAUCUUAUUGACAUAAUAUAUUUUUAUCUGUGCUGUGAUCUAUUUUGUUGAGUUGAAUUUGUUGUGAGGUUAUGUUUACAUAUUAUUGCUUGUAAAUUUACUUAUAUAAAUAACUUGUAAUAUUGCAAAAAAAGGGACCGCUAAAUUAAAAAAAACCAAACUAAACAUGUUGGAUAAAAUAUUAUAUAACACAGUACUGUGCCAGGCGUUUUCUCCGUGUGGAAAAUAUUUGUUAGCCGGCAAUAUUUAUGGACAAAUAGCAAUAUUUGAUUUAGAUCGAAUUUUGAAUCCAGUGCUGGAAUUGCUCACACCAGACUACAACAAGGCAAAAUACAUUCACUAUUUGGGGACGAAGGAGCAAGUUUGCAGUCUAGCAAGUACAGAGAAGUUCCUUAUCGUCGGCACCGUAAACGAAAUCUUUGGGUGGGACUGGAAAGGGAUAUUGAAUGCAAAGUUGAGCAAACCUUCAUGGGUUUUAAAGAUUCCCUCAAAUUCAAAUUUGGAAAAGAUUGACGUGAACAGUCUUUGGACUCCUGAAGAUGAAAGUAGGGUCUAUGCUGGCUGUGGCGACAAUAACUUGCAUAUUUUCAACUUGGAGGAUGGGAAAUUGGUGUCUACAUUGUCAGGCCACAGUGACUACAUACAUUCAGUCCAUGGAUUCAAUGACAAUAUUGUAACGGCUGGUGAAGACGGGUGUGUCAUGCUGUGGGAUGCGAGGACCCGGAAGAGCCACAACAAAUUGGAACCUCAUAGCAAUAGCAAAGUCAGCCGCCCUGAUAUUGGCAAGUGGGUUGGGUCGGCGGCUCUUACUGAUGACUGGAUUGUAUGUGGCGGCGGUCCUCGCGUAGCACUAUGGCAUAUCCGCUCCCUCGACGCUGUCACAGUAUUCGACAUUCCUGACCACGGAAUCCAUGUUUCCUUCUUCCACAACGACUGCAUAGUCGCCGGAGGGGCGGCCAGACAUCUGUACCAACUCAGCUAUUCUGGAGAGGUCAAGGUGGAACUACCAGUAUCAGCAACUACUGUAUACUCAGUAGCAUUACGAACAAACCCUAACAAGAUUUUAGCCAUAGCCGGCUCAAGCCCAGAAAUUGAUCUAUGCACGACAUUUAAUUAUAGAGACCAAGUAUUACAUUUUCGGUAAGUUUGUAGAUCUAACAAUGUUUAGAUAAGUUUUUGAAAUAAAAUAAGG